GUUCCUGGUGAGCUGACUUUGAGAGUGCUCAGAAAAGGAGAGCGAUUCUCUCUCCCACAAAGUCAGCUGGCUCCACCAGCCCAAACACGCAAGAGCCCAUCUUAAACUGCCGGUUUUCCAGGCUGGGAAGGUUGCACAGGAAGAGGAGGCGCAACGGCAAUGAAGAUGACAGCCACGUUCCCCAGACGAAGCGUAACACCAGGAACACCGUCCUUCAGGACUCGUGGGACACUGAGGUUAAACACCUCCUCGGUGUAGAGUAGUUAAUGGCUAAACGAGCUUUGUGGCGGGAGGAGGAAGAAUUUAGUGUGGAACAAGGGAUUGAAGUGGGAGGAAUGAAAUUAAGACUAUCAGGAAAACCCGUGACGAAGGUGGCUGUAACGAAAAACAGUAAGGAACACAGACUAAAAGGAAACAAAGUGUCCUGUGCGUCCUCCAGCAGCGAUAGCGGCAGCAGCAGCAGCAGCAGCUGUAGUAGCAGUAGCAUCAACAGCCCUGACAGAGCAAGCGGUCCAGAAACCAGCCUAAACCCGACAAUUGCAGGAUCCAGUCCUGUCUCCUCUCAGUCCUUCCAUGAGCAGUCUGCACUAAGUCAAGGUCCUUACUUCCACAUCAACCAGAUCCUGAAGGAGGCACACUUUCACAGCUUACAGAGUCGGGGACGCCCUCCUACAUGAUGAACCAGCAGUUCCUUGCCUUCUGUGAAGGGACAGCACUGUGUAGAUUUGAUAUUUCAACUUCAAGUUUGUUAAAAUGGAAUUGCACAAAAUGCCUGUUGCCUUUUCAGUCUAUAUUUGAAAUAACAGGUUAACAGGAAAUUGUUUACUUGUGGUUUGCUGCACUAUUGCAAUGCAAAAGGGGCUUUGAAGCAAUUUUUAUAGGAUUCUUUUUGGGGUGGUUAUAAAGUACAUGUCCAGAGGAGACCGAGGAAUCCACAUCUGUGUUAUAGGAUUGCAUAAUGUCCAAUUCCAUUGACUGCCUAAUCUGUUUGUUAGCAGUUUGUUGCUUUAUGUAAAAUUCUUUCGAACAUUCAUCUUCAGUUUUAUAAGUCUUUUUUUAAUUUCAAUAAACUAG